AAGUUUCAUAGUUGGGCGUAGCAGGAAGUGACGUCGAGUGCACUAGCGAGUACACGGUCUCUGCUCCUAUAUAUUAACACUCGUUAUGUGUUCAUCUGGUUAAAUUGUACAUUUGACACGAGCGGUUAUUUUUUGGGGAAAAGGUGUUUAAAAUACCAACGAGGAAAUCAUACCUAAUUGUUUUGGAAUAUAGCUGGAUCCAAACAGUCUGCAUGAUGGACAGUGGAGUGACAGUAGUUACCAACCCCACUGUGAAUGUGCGCUUAACAAGCACCAUCUCCUCCUUUGAGGUGCAGCGCAGGUUCAACAGAGGGAUCAGUAUAGCAGAACUGAAGGGAAAGCUGGAGAUGGUUGUCGGUGCAUCCCCCUCCUGCAUGGAUCUGGAACUAUUCAGUGUUUCUGACAAGUUCUUGCAGAAAAUGGAUGACAAUGAAGCUUUGCUGGGUUCCUAUCCUGUGGAUGAUGACUGCAGAAUACACGUUGUCGAUAAAAGUGGGGGUCAGAUGAAUGAAUUCACAGAUGUUUCCAAAGUGGAGAAGUUUGAACUUUCAGAUGAUGCUUAUGAUAAGAAAACCGGCACAGCAAGGUCAUUCAUGAAGAAACACCGUAUCGGUCAAUUCAAUGAAGAAGAAGUGGCCAAGAAGAAAGCGGAGCAUGCUGCUUUGGAGGAACAACAGAAGGCUGCUGCUGAUGCCAUUUCUGUUGGCAGUCGAUGCCAAGUGCAGGUCCCUGGGCAGCCCACAAAGCUUGGCACAGUCAUGUAUGUUGGAACAACAGAUUUCAAGCCAGGCUAUUGGGUUGGAGUGAAGUAUGAUGAGCCCCUGGGGAAGCAUGAUGGAACAGUUAAUGGAAAGCGAUACUUCGAAUGUGAGAUCAAGUACGGUGCAUUUGUGAAGCCACUGAGUGUGACUGUGGGAGACUUCCCUGAGGAGGAUUAUGGUUUGGAUGAGAUGUAGGACUGUUUGGGUGUCCUGCCCUCCUGCUGUUUUUCAUCCAAGCAGCCAGAAAUAACGCAGAGUCAUUUUUGUUAUACCAUAUGCUUGUUUUUUUGUGGUUCUCAUGAAAACCUUUAGCCUCAACUUCCAUCAAUGCAAUAGGACAGGAGUGCCUGUCAGGUAGCGCCCUGCUGGUGGAUGUGAAAGCGAUAUGGGAGGCUUAUGUUAACAGAAUUUGAUAAAGGCAAGGGCUUAGUUUGCAUAUAAGGCAGUCUAAUGAAGUUUUGUUCUUUCACUUCAUGAUUUAAUGUUCUUACAUUAGUGAAUUUGUUUUUCUCAGGCUUUCUAAAAAUGGGAGCUUUUAUUUUUAGACAGUUUGGAAUUCAACUACAUUUCUUUUUGUUUAGUUUAUGUCGACGUGUACCAAAAUGAUGAUGUAUAUAACUGUUGAUAGUUUCCUGUUUUCUGAGCUUUGUUGUUUUUUAAAACUGUUAAAAUAAUGGUUUAGUGUGGAGCACUGUCAAAAAAAUCAACCCUAACAUUAUUUGACACUAAAAUGGUUAUAUUGUUGCCUGUAUUUUUUAAAAUAGUGUCCAUCUGAGUUUCAAUUGAAAUCAAUUACAGUCAUUGGUUAAAGUAAGAUAUUAAAGUUAAAUAAUUCCAGCUGUCAAGAAUUUAUGAUUGAAUUCUUGACUGAUACAUUCAGUCAAUCAAACAAGGCAAAUAAAAAAAGCACAGCUGUUAGCUUUUUUUGAUUCCCCAUCUCACCUUUGUGAAAUAUAUUAAAGCAUUCAAGGUUAGAUAUUUUCUUCUGAACGACUUCAAAUUUAUGUCUGGCUGCUCUAUGUAAAACAGCUUCACUUUGUAGUCUAAGUGGUUUACGGCUGUAAUUCUCCCUUGUUUUCUGUGUAAGAAAUUCUUAUUAAACAUGAAAUUGUCUGCACUACCCUGCCUAUAUGAACUACUAAAAUAAAAGCAUGCUUCAGUUUUAAACACUGAAGUUUUAAAGCUCAAACAGAUUUUCAAUUUCAAUUAGACAAACUUUAUGCACAUAAUAUUAUGAGUUCUGCUUUAUGGACGUGGUUGUCAUUACUCAGGAAAGGCAUCCACCAAAUAUAGAGAUGAUUUCAAGUAUCAGCUACACAAAGUUAAAUUGACCACUGAUUUGUAGUCUCUGAUUACUGUAUGUUUUUUUUCUCACAUUCUACAGAGACUAAAAAAAGUGAAGUGAAAUGUCAAUUUUUAAAUGUAGCUACCAUAAAUAUUAAUUUUUUAAUCAAAUCUUUGAAUUCACAAGAUGUAGGAUUCUAUGUAUUGUUUUGAUUAGCUAGCUGUAAGCAUAACAGAAUUUAAAUUAAACUAAAUGAGUUUUCACAAAGCACUUUCCCAGUAUAAAUAUGUUUUAUACUUUAAAUGAAUAUUUAGGUAAUGAAUUAUUAGGUUGAGUUUUUUUUUUUGUUCAAAAUAAGUAGCAUAAGUAUAAUGUAUCGCCUGUGAGAUAUCAGGUAGUCCAUCAAAUUACAUUUACAUUGAAACAAAAAGAACAGCAACAAGUGACUUAACAUGUUAACAGCGCCUGUACCAUACUUAUAGUGCAUCAUGUCUCUGAACCUGCAUAAUGAUGUCACUUCCCAUUACCUCCUCCAGUAACAGCUCUCAGCUUUUUUACAAUGUAAGACGGACAUGAAAAGUAUGCCUUAUUUAUCCUUGUUCUGUGUUAUAAAACUUGUGUCAUGCUCUGAACUUUGCAGAAGAAAUGUAAAUCAAUCAUUCUCAUGGUUUCUCAUCAGUCGAAUGUUAUCAUCACACAUACAGAUCUGUUGACUUCUAAGGUGCUGGUGUUACAUGCCAAACAGGAGUAAAGUCUCUUUGACAUUACAGUAGCUUAUGACUUACAACAACCUUUCAUACACUUAUCUUCAUUAUGUUUGUACUAACACUUUUGGCAUUGCUACAUUUGUCUGCUCUACAAUAAUUGCUGACCAUCUUGGUUUAAUUACUUUUUCAGAUUUAUUUUUUUUAAAUGUUUCUGUUGGUUAAUUCCUUUUCUUUUGUCAUAUUUCUAACUUGAGCCAGAAUUAAUAAAGCUGAUGUGUGACAGUGACGCAUCAAUAUGCA